AUGAGCCUAGCACCAAGCACUUCCUGUGAGAUCAUGAGCCUAGCACCAAGCACUUCCUGUGACAUCAUGAGCCUAGUACCAAGCACUUCCUGUGAGAUCAUGAGCCUAGCUGCACAAAAAAUUAGACUCCAACAGCACAACUUUCUAAUGGAUUCCCAACGUUCUUGUGAUUUGUUAGUGAAAGGCAUUCAGUCCAUCGAUGUCACGGGAGAUUUCAAUCCAUGUGAGCUUUUGCUCAGAGGAGACCGGGCCCGGCCGGUGCUUAGGGAUUCAAAGGGGCAAGUCCUCAUUGCUGCAUCCCAGUAUGGGAAAGGCCGGAUGGUGGUCACGGGGCAUGAAGCCAUGUUAAAGCUUCCUCAGUUCUUGCCGUUCAUUAAGAAUGCUCUGGACUGGCUCAAACCUUCCCGAAUGGCCCCCGUAGGAGUCCACAGAAGCCUGGAUGCCCUCUUCGAGCUGCUCCUCAGUAGAGAUAUUAAAGUGCGUCCGAAUGCAAGACUUGGGAAUGUCCUUGGAGUGUUCUGCAGAGAUGCCUAUGGUGAUGUGCAGGCGGAUGAUCUCGUGCGGUUUGUAAAAAGGGGUGGGGGUCUGCUCAUUGGUGGCCAGGCCUCGGACUGGUCAUCUCAACAUGGGAAGGAGGAAGUCCUUGAUCAUUUCCCUGGAAAUCUGGUGACCAAUGUGGCUGGAGUGUAUUUCACUGCCACUCUGGGAGAACAUGGGAUCUUCCCCGUCCCGGAAACAAUAUGGAGGGAUCCUGUUAUCACCCGAUCAACAAAUAGCUCCAUCAACACCCAACGUCAUUACAAUUCUCUACUGCGAGGCAUUCCGUCCAUCGAUGUCACGGGAGAUUUUAUUCCUUGUAAACUUUUGCUCAGUGGAGACCAAGCCUUCCCGGUGCUUGUGGAUUUGAAGAGGCAGGUUCUGAUUGCAGCAGCCCAUUAUGGGAAAGGCCGGAUGGUGGUCACUGCGCAUGAAGCCAUGAUACAGCUUCCACAGUUCUUGCCGUUCAUUAAAAAUGCUCUGGGCUGGCUCAAGCCUACCCCAAAGAAACGCAUAGGAGUCCACAGAAGCCUGGAGGCCCUCUCCAUGUUGCUCCUCAGUAAUGGCAUUAAAAUUCAACCGGAUGCAACACUUGAGGAUUCCCUUGAAGUAUUCUGCAGAGAUGCCUACGAUAGCGCACAGGCUGAUGAUCUCGUGCAGUUCGUAAAAAGGGGUGGGGGUCUGCUCAUUGGUGGCCAAGCCUGGCUCUGGUCACAUCCACAUGGGAAGGAGGGAGUCCUGGCUCGAUUUCCUGGAAACUUGGUCACCGGUGUCGCUGGAGUAUAUUUCACAGCCAAGGAGGGACAAAAUGGGAUCUUCGCUGUUCCUGAAAAUGUAUGGAAUGAUCCUAGCAUCGCCCAGUGA